GCUGACAUCGAGGCGAAAGAUAAAAGAGGAGAAACGGCGGUGAUACAAGCGGCAUCAGCUCGACGUCAACAUGUACUUGAGUGGCUGCUUACCGUUGACAAAGUUGAUGUUAACGCUAAAGACAAUCACGGAUACACGGCGCUGAUGACGGCGGUAACAAAUGGGCAAAGCGACAUAGCUAAGGUGCUGCUUAGCAUUGGCAAGGCUGACGUUGAAGCUAAGGACAAGAAGGGAUCAACGGCGUUGAUACUGGCGGCACGAUACGGAUAUAGAGACACGGUUGAGGUACUGCUUAGCGUUGGCAAGGCUGACAUUGAAGCUAAAGACAAGAAGGGAUCAACGGCGCUGAUGAUGGCUGAACGAUAUGGACAUAGCGACAUAGUUGAGCUGUUACGUUUACAUACCAAAAGCACG